GCGGUGGUACCCAGGGCCCGGGGAGGGGUCUCCCCCAGCCCCCCAGCCCGGGAGGAUGUCGGGGUCCGGCCGGGAGGAGGAGCGGCGGAAGCUGGCCGAUAUCAUCAACCACUGGAACGCCAACCGGCUCGACCUGUUCGAGAUCAGCCAGCCCACCGAGGAUUUGGAGUUUCAUGGAGUGAUGAGAUUUUACUUUCAAGACAAAGCUGCUGGAAACUUUGCCACCAAAUGUAUCCGCGUCUCUAGCACAGCCACUACUCAAGAUGUAAUCGAAACGCUGGCGGAGAAAUUCCGACCCGACAUGCGGAUGUUGUCUUCUCCGAAAUACUCCCUCUAUGAAGUGCACGUCAGUGGAGAAGAAAGAAGAUUGGAUAUAGACGAAAAGCCUCUGGUCGUUCAGUUAAACUGGAACAAAGACGAUCGGGAGGGGAGGUUUGUUCUCAAGAAUGAAAAUGAUUCUCUCCCUCCAAAGAAGGCUCAGAGCAACGGACCUGAGAAGCAGGAAAAAGAAGGGGUCAUCCAGAACUUCAAACGGACGCUGUCCAAAAAGGAAAAGAAGGAGAAGAAGAAGAGGGAGAAAGAGGCACUGCGGCAGGCAUCUGAUAAAGAUGACAGGCCUCUUCAGGGAGAUGACAUUGAGAACUCCCGUCUGGCCGCCGAGGUAUACAAAGAUAUGCCCGAAACCAGUUUUACCCGCACCAUAUCCAAUCCGGAAGUGGUCAUGAAGCGGCGGAGGCAGCAGAAACUGGAGAAAAGGAUGCAGGAGUUUCGUAGCUCAGAUGGGCGUCCUGAUUCUGGUGGAACAUUGAGAAUUUACGCAGACAGUUUAAAACCAAAUAUCCCCUACAAGACAAUCCUCCUGUCCACUACGGACACCACAGACUUUGCUGUUGCGGAAGCUUUGGAAAAGUACGGCCUGGAAAAGGAAAACCCCAGAGAUUACUGUAUUGCCCGGGUGAUGCUGCCUCCCGGAGCUCAACAUUCUGAUGAAAAAGGUGCUAAGGAGAUUACUCUUGAAGAUGAUGAAUGCCCGCUUCAGAUCUUCAGGGAUUGGCCAACUGACAAAGGAAUUUUAGUUUUCCAGUUAAAGAGGCGCCCGGCCGAUUACGUCCCAAAGAAAUCGAAGAAACAGUCCGAUGGAAAACCAUUAAAGGGGAAAGACAGGGCUGAUGGAUCUCCCUAUGGUUCUUCGCUUCCUCCGGAGAAGCUACCUUAUUUAGUAGAAUUAAGCCCAGGGAGAAGGAAUCACUUUGUCUACUACAACUAUCACACUUACGAAGAUGGUUCUGACUCCAGAGAUAAGCCUAAACUUUACCGGUUACAGCUAAGCAUUACUGAAGUUGGAACAGAAAAAUUUGAUGACAGUUCGAUUCAGCUCUUUGGCCCAGGGAUACAGCCUCAUCAUUGCGACCUGACUAAUAUGGACGGAGUGGUUACAGUAACGCCAAGAAGUAUCGACGCCGAAACGUUCGUGGAAGGCCAGCAGAUCUCGGAGACGACGAUGCUGCAGAGCGGCAUGAAGGUUCAGUUUGGAUCAUCACAUGUGUUCAAAUUUGUGGACCCCAGCCAGGACCACAUCAUUGCCAAAAGACCUAUGGACGGUGGCCUCAUGGUGAAAGGCCAUAGGCACAAGCCCGGAAUUGUUCAGGAAACAACCUUUGACCUGGAAGGAGAUGUUCACAGCGGAAUAGCGUUGGCAGUAAGCAAGAGCACCUCCAGACUGGAUAGCGACCCGGCUUCGACAGCAUCCAGCACGGCAGCAGAAAGAGGGAUGGUGAAGCCAAUGAUCAGAGUCGAACAGCAGCAAGAUUACCGCAGGCAGGAAACCAGACCACAGGACGCUGCUGGGCCUGAAUUGAUAUUACCUGCAAGCAUUGAAUUUAGGGAAAGCUCCGAAGAUUCAUUUUUAUCUGCCAUAAUAAAUUACACGAACAGCUCUACAGUCCAUUUCAAACUCUCCCCGACGUAUGUGCUGUACAUGACGUGUCGCUAUGUACUCUCGGGCCAAUACAAACCUGACAUCAGCCCUACGGAGCGAACUCACAAGGUCAUUGCCAUAGUCAACAAGAUGGUGAGCAUGAUGGAAGGAGUCAUUCAGGAGGUAGACCAGGUUGAUCAGAAACAGAAGAAUAUUGCAGGAGCACUUGCCUUCUGGAUGGCAAAUGCAUCCGAACUCCUCAACUUCAUUAAGCAGGACCGAGACCUAAGUCGAAUUACGUUGGAUGCCCAGGACGUUCUGGCACAUUUGGUUCAAAUGGCCUUCAAGUACUUGGUUCAGUGUCUUCAGUCAGAACUUAAUAACUACAUGCCUGCCUUUCUGGAUGAUCCCGAAGAGAACAGCCCUCAAAGGCCAAAAAUAGAUGACGUUUUGCACACCCUCAGCGGGGCCAUGUCCUUGCUGCGGCGGUGCCGGGUGAAUGCCGCCCUGACGAUCCAGCUGUUCUCCCAGCUCUUUCACUUCAUCAACAUGUGGCUGUUCAACCGGCUGGUGACAGAUCCAGAUUCAGGGCUGUGCUCUCACUACUGGGGUGCCAUCAUCCGUCAGCAGCUGGGGCACAUCGAAGCCUGGGCAGAAAAGCAGGGCCUCGAACUCGCUGCCGACUGCCAUCUCAGCAGGAUAGUGCAGGCAACGACACUUCUUACCAUGGAUAAGUAUUCUCCUGAUGACAUUCCAAAUAUUAACAGUACCUGCUUCAAGCUGAAUUCACUUCAACUGCAAGCCUUAUUACAAAAUUACCACUGUGCACCCGAUGAACCUUUUAUCCCAACAGAUCUGAUCGAAAACGUGGUAGCCGUAGCCGAAAAUACGGCUGACGAGUUAGCACGCAGCGACGGACGAGAAGUUCAGCUCGAAGAGGAUCCCGAUUUGCAGCUUCCGUUCCUUCUGCCGGAAGAUGGAUAUUCCUGCGACGUUGUCAGAAACAUUCCAAGUGGCUUGCAGGAAUUUUUAGAUCCACUGUGUCAGAGAGGCUUUUGUAGGCUAAAUCCUCAUCCCCGAUCCCCAGGCACCUGGACAAUAUAUUUUGAAGGUGCAGAUUAUGAAAGCCACCUUAUGCGUGAUAACACAGAGCUGGCUCAUCCUUUGAGGAAAGAACCUGAAGUUAUCACUGUGACGCUCAAGAAACAAAACGGAAUGGGCCUCAGCAUUGUUGCUGCUAAGGGGGCAGGUCAAGACAAACUAGGAAUCUAUGUCAAAUCUGUCGUAAAAGGAGGCGCUGCAGAUGUGGAUGGACGCCUGGCCGCAGGCGAUCAGCUCCUUAGUGUGGAUGGACGGAGUUUGGUAGGAUUGUCUCAGGAAAGGGCAGCAGAACUCAUGACCAGAACAGGUUCUGUGGUAACAUUAGAAGUAGCCAAACAAGGAGCGAUUUACCACGGUCUCGCCACCCUGCUCAAUCAGCCAUCUCCGAUGAUGCAAAGAGUUUCAGACCGCCGUGGCUCAGGUAAGCCCCGACCAAAGAGUGAAGGUUUUGAGUUGUAUAAUAAUUCUGCUCCAAAUGGGUCACCUGAGAGCCCUCCGCUGCCCUGGACAGAAUACAACGAACCAAAGAAGUUGUCGGGGGAUGACCGCCUGACGAAGAAUCGCGCUGAUCACCGUUCCAGUCCCAAUGUAGCAAAUCAGCCUCCUAGCCCUGUUGGAAAGAAUGUUUAUGCCGCUGGAACUCCUGCCAAGAUAACAUCAGUCUCUACUGGAAAUCUCUGCACUGAGGAGCAAACGCCACCCCCAAGACCGGAAGCUUACCCUAUUCCCACUCAGACCUACACUCGAGAAUAUUUCACUUUUCCAGCUUCCAAAUCCCAGAACCAGUGGACAAAUUAUGAAGAAAAGCCACCUCUCCAGACAGAAAGUAACCGCUCCAGUAUUGCAAUGCAGCGAGCGGCUCAUUCUCAAGAAGAACUGGGAGAAGAUAAAGAGGACCAGCUGGAGCGGCACCACCCCGAAAUGAGUCUGCGCCGAGAUCUGGAUUACCUGGAUCGGAAGUCCGACAGCGACACCUGGCCGAAUCAGAGUUCCUCGGUCGAGUCCAGCACGUCCAGCCAAGAGCACCUGAACCACUCCUCCAAAUCAGUCACGCCCGGCUCCACUCUGACCAAGAGCGGGCCCGGCCGUUGGAAGACGCCGGCCCCGGUGGUCGCCCCCCAGCCGGUCCGGACGGAUCCGCCCCUGCCGCCGCCUCCCCCGGCCAUGCAUUAUGCGGCCGACCCCGACGGGCUUCCCGCGGAGCUGCUCCUGCCUCCGCCGCCUCCUCUCAACCAGUUCAUCCCGCCGUCGGCCGCGGCAGAGCGCAGGAAGAGGGAGGAGCAUCAGCGGUGGUACGAAAAGGAGAAGGCGCGCUUGGAGGAAGAGCGAGAGAGGAAGCGGCGUGAGCAGGAGAGGAAGCUGGGGCUGAUGCGCGCCCAGCCACCGACCCCCACCCAGGUCCCGCCGGCCGCCAAGCCGGAGAAGCCGCCCGCGUCGGCCAGGCCCCAGGAGACGGUCAUCCGGGAGCUUCAGCCUCAGCAGCAGCCCCGGACCAUCGAGCGGAGGGAUUUGCAGUACAUCACCAUCAGCAAAGAGGAGCUCUCCUCCGGCGACAGCCUGUCCCCGGACCCGUGGAAGAGGGACGCCAAGGAGAAGUUAGAGAAGCAGCAGCAGUUGCACAUCGUGGACAUGCUGAGCAAGGAGAUCCAGGACCUCCAGACCAAGCCGGACCGCACGGCCGAAGAGAACGACCGUCUGCGCAAGCUGAUGCUGGAGUGGCAGUUCCAGAAGCGGCUGCAGGAGUCCAAGCAGAAGGACGAAGACGAGGAGGAGGAGGAGGAGGACGACGAUGUGGACGCCAUGUUCAUCAUGCAACGCCUGGAGGCCGAAAGAAGAGCAAGGGUAAAGGGGAAAAAUCCUUUGGGUCAGACUGCUAUGCCAGCAAUCUCUGUUCUAGAUUUGUUACAGGAUGAAGAGCGCAGGCGGCAACAGCAGUUGGAAGAGAUGCGUAAGCGUGAAGCGGAAGAUAGGGCCAGGCAAGAAGAAGAACGCCGGCGUCAAGAGGAGGAGCGAGGGAAGAGAGAUGCUGAAGAAAAGAGGCGACAGGAAGAAGGGUAUUACACCCGGUUGGAAGCAGAAAGGCGUAGACAGCACGAUGAGGCAGAACGGAGGUUGCUGGAAGCUGACGAGCCCGGUCUGUACAGGCCUCCACUUCCACGGGAUUAUGAGCUCCCGCCCCCACCCCCUGCAGCUAAUGCUCCUCCUCCCCCACCUCAACGAAACACCUCUUACCUCAAAACACAGGUCCUCUCCCCUGACACGAUCUAUACUGCCAAGUUUGUUGCGUACAAUGAUGAUGAUGAUGAUGAGGAGGAGGAGGAGGAGGAGGAUUCCAGUCUAGCAGGUCAGGAUAAGUACUCCGGCACAAGAAAAUCUUACGGUGACCUUCCUCCUGCCGUCCUUAAGCCACAGCAGCCCCGCUGCCAGCCACGCCCAGUCUCGGAUGGCAUCUUUCUUUCCGCCUCAUUCCGGCCGCCUUCGGUCAAUGCCAACAGUACUGCUUCCAAAACAGGCCACCCCCCGCCCCCACCAAAAAAACCAAGUUCCUUCCAUCCCAGCUACUCCAAAGGACCAAAUUCUUACGCUGGAUUGACUGGAGCCCAUGAGAUUUUUCGGGAUCCGAGGGAGAGGCGGUCUAAGAGCCAAGAGGCAGAUUUACCGGGAAUUGCCGGAGCCCCUGAAAACUUGACCUUCAAGGAACGCCAGCGUCUCUUUUCACAGGGCCAGGAUGUGUCUAACAAAGUCAAAGCCUCUAGGAAAUUGACAGAACUGGAAAAUGAACUGAACACAAAAUAAGGCCGGGGCGGGGGACGAAGCACCUUAUUGGAGGUCCCCGAAAGUGGAUUCAGUUAAAGGAUUUCGGGGAGUGGGAAGGAAUGGGAAAGAGGAAAGGCAGGAGGUGGGCGCGGGGCGGUAUGGAAGCGAUUUUAGCAUUCCUCUGUUUCUGAGAUUAUUAUGGAGAAUUGGCAAUGCUGCAAUACCAAGAAAGCUGGUUGCUUACUUUAUCAAGUGCUGUAAAAAUAUAUUUUAAUGAUCUGAAUCACAUGAAGGUAACUGUCUAUUUUUAUUUGUUGUAGGAGUUAAUUUUUUUUUUCUUUCUGUAAUUGACCACGUAGCACAUGUCAAAGGGAAGGUCUUCCCUGGUCUCUUACACUUUGUUUCAACCGCUGAGCAGACCUUGGGAAUAGCUUGAACUGCCCAAACUACCCUGUGCUUCAUCUGUUCGUGCUUGCAAGUGAAUUUCUCAGAGAGUCCGUCCUCUCCCCGGGGAAGCGGAGGAUGGGGGCGUGGUGAAUUAAUGGCUACUUUAUCACCUGUCACGGUCGUGGGAGUUGUGGGGGUUGCUGUUUGGACACACUGAGGCAUAGCUUGUGUUGGAUUUUCUACUGGUCCUCUUGCACUGCAGAGCUGUGGUCCUGUUGAAAACGGGUGUCAUGCUGAGGGCUAUCUCACCUACUCUCUAUUGUGGAGAAGAGGGACUGUUAAGGGAGGCACAAAGUGUGCGUUAUACAGGGGUCGGAAGAAAACUGUGGAGGUAAAUCUCGGGAGUGGGUUAGUAUUCUGAUGAGCCUGGAUCAUUGAGGAAUAAAUGCCGUCUUUCGAUUUAGACCAAAAUUUGCCUUCUGAAACAUGCUUUGAAAUUUUCCAGUAGGGCUGAGAACAGGGGACAUUAUCACCUGAGGGCUGUACUUUCUGAGGACAAGAAAAGAAUGACAGGGAAGAAAGUGUGAAUUGCUCGCAAGGGGGUUCCUAAGGAGAGGAAAUUAAUGGAAGGGAGAAGGAUUUGUUUUUGUGCUGAUUAAAAUAGCGACCGUUUCCCACCCAGAGAUGGAAGUGGUGGUGAAACUAUCUGACAGCUAUCUGAAACUAUGUGGCAUCUAGGUCCAAUGUUUUACUUAAUGUAAAUAGCUAUAUUUCUUUUUUUUUUUGGCAGUUCAGACUAUUUUUUUCCACAUUGAUAGCCUUAUUUAAUUUGAAAUCAACAUUUUUUUCACCACUGUCAUUUCUUCAGCCAGGCAUGUAUGGCUGAUGAUGGGAAAUAAGGACCUCAGAGUUUGUCUGUCAUGGUAUGAUAUUAAAAUGCUAUCUUGUUGUGAUUUCAAACUGAUUUUCUAUUUGACAAAACCCUGGCGUGGGUUUUAGAUGACUUUUCUGUACCAUAUUGUUCUCUUAUAAAUAUAUAUUGAGGAGAUAGGCACACUUCCAAAAGGUUAGAGAGACUCACUGCCUUAGUAAAGAAAUCACUUUUAAUAAGAGUUGUAUGAUAAAUAAAUGAAACUGAAUGAAGAUUUGGGUGUAAAUAUUUUUUUACAGAUUUGAGAACUCCUAUUUGAAAGUGUGCUUUUACCGUUUCACCUGUUCAGUAUGAAGUAGGGUGUUGAACUGGUUCAAAGUGUUGAUGAAGGAUUUGCUUGCUAGUUCAGUCUGUAAAUCAGGAAAAGCAGGCGUCUCUGGUUAUCUUGAGUUGACAGCCUGGCGGUGACAACACUAACACUUUUUCUUAAGGGAAAAUGAAAAACUGAGGAUAAGUUAUUAUUCCUGCUAGAGUCUGGGAAAAGGCUUAGCAAUACACACACACACACACGUGAAAAUGUCAGACUUGUGUACGUAUACCAAACCUUUUAGGCCACCAGUAGGCAUUUAGCUCAAAUGUGAAUAGGCGUAAAAGUGCGUUUCAUAAUUGUUUGUGCUUUAUUCUGGAAAAAAAAAAACCCAUCCAAACUGCUGUAGUUUCCCAUUUCUACUGUACUUCACUUGUAACGUAUUUUUAAUAAAUUUGUAUGUAUUUAAGAGUA